ACAUUGGCAGAGAAACCAGUCCUGAGCACUUUUAACCUGACUAUGCAGAGUUGAAAAUCUGCCAGCAUGCACUGCUCCCAAAGUGCACUUCCUCCCAUCUGGGUCUUCCCGAUCACCACACAAACUUAGAGAAACGAAACUAAAAGCUAGAAGCAGAACCUGUAAACCCUAAAGGAGAAACUCAGUUGCACUUCCAGGAGUGCAAGUGCCCAGUCAUGGCCGAAGAGACAGCACCACCAUGUGGCCCAGUCUCAACUGGUGACAGUCUGUCUCCAGAGAAGAUGGAGAAGAGGACAUGUGCCCUCUGCCCUGAAGGUCAUGAGUGGAGUGUGAUUUACUUUGCACCAUCAGCAAAUAUAGCUGCUCAUGAAAACUGUUUGCUGUAUUCAUCAGGACUGGUGGAGUGUGAUCCUCAUGAUCCACGGAAUCCAGCCAGAAGCUUUGCUGUCAAAUCAGUGAAGAAAGAGAUCUGGAGAGGGAGAAGGUUGAAAUGCUCACUGUGUAACAAAGGAGGUGCCACCGUGGGAUGUGAUUUGUCAUCCUGUAGGAAGAGUUACCACUAUGUCUGUGCCAAAAAAGACCACGCAAUUCCUCAAGUUGAUGAGCAUCAUGGAACUUACAAAAUAUUUUGCCCAGAACAUCCUCCACAGCAAGAAGAGACCACUGAACGUGCUGAUAGCCCAAGCGUGAAGAAGACAGGAAAGAAGAAAAGUCUCUCAUCGGGCCCUCCCACAGAGCCAAAAAAGAUGAAAUUCAGUAGCUAUAAAAGACUCAUGAAGGAAGAGCCUCAUGGCCACAAAGAUGCAGCUGUCAAAGCUCCUUUUCUUAAGAAAUGCCUGGAAGCAGGACUUCUUACUGAAUUAUUUGAACAGAUACUAGAAAAAAUGGAUUCAAUUCAUGGAAGAUUCAUGGAUGAGACUGCUUCAGAGUCAGACUAUGAAGGGAUCCAGACCUUACUGUUUGACUGUGGACUAUUUGGAGACAUACUAAGAAAAUUCCAAGAAGUAAUCAAGAGUAAAACAUGUGAAUAUGAAGAAAGGCUGAACCACAUGAAGCAGAAGCUUGAGGCACUCGCAGACUUACAAGAAAACCUGUGCUCAUUUCAAGAAUAUGGGGACCUGGACCACUCAAGCUCUACCUCAGGGUCCUUGCUACCUCCUGAGGACCACCAGUGCAGAUGCCAGGAGUCUCCUGAACUCCAAGCAGGCUCAGGAGACAGCCUGUGACAGAUCCAGUCCCCUCCAGCUCUGACCUGCUACUGCUCAGCCAGGCUCCAUACCUGACAGGUGUUUCUUGUCUCAUCUCUUGUCAUCUCACUUGUCCUGCUUUCUCCUGACAGUAACAGCUGCUCCUCGGGUCAACUGGAUC